UAUGGGGAAGAUGUGACUCACCUUCUGGAGAGGACUGAAGCCCUGAGAGUGCUGCUCCCUGGGGACUCUGGAGAGGAGGGACAGCUCUUGGGCCAGGAGUCUGCAGGUAAAGAAGCUUUCAGAAAUGACAGAAGGCCUACAAAUUUUGAUAAAAAGGUAUUAUUAUGGGCAGGACGCUUUAAAAAGGAGGAGGACAUUCCCAAGCACAUAUCGUCUGAUGUCCUCGACGCAGCAAGGAACAUUGUCAGGAUAAGGGUUUGCUACAUCAUGAUUGCACUGACUGUGCUGGGCUGUUUGACCAUGGUCAUCACAGGCAAGGAAGCUGCAAAAAAGGAUCAGACGCUGCUGAGGGUGAACAUGGAAAAGAAAGCCAAAUGGAGAGCUGAAGUGGAGAAAGAUCAGGAGGCAGCUGUUGGGAAGCCACAAUGAUUUGGAACAGAUUUAUUUUAACAGCAGGAGAUAAGUGAUUUGCACAUGUGGCAUAUGGACCUGUCUUCAUUUAACUCUUUAGAGCUUUUUCACUGAAACUCUCUCGAGGCAAAGACUUUGCUGCUUAAAAGCUGCUCAGUGUGAACCAGGAAACCCCUGAGGAAACUCCAACAGCUGCUUUUUGUGGCCUCUGAUCUUUGGCACAAGGUUCAGCUGAAAUACAAAACUGUCUUCUAAACUGGAAAGUGUGGGAAGGACAAAAUCAGGACUCCCCAUCUCAGGAUCAGCUUUUCAUGGUGCUGCUGGUGCUCAGUGUGGCUGUGGAGUUGUCUCC